AUGAGAGGGAUGAUCAUACCAGCUUUUGUUCCCAUAAACGACUUUUUCAGAAAAGUUUUGAAACUGAGCGUACUGCGGCUGCUCGAGAUGCAGCGCCACCUGGAGGCCACAUCAGCAGCCAAGAUCACCAACCAGAUCAUUUUGGCGCUGCGGUUUGCACUUUAUGAGCGAACAAGGCUGUUUUACAACCGUCAUAUUGACCAAAUUCUCUUGUGCACCAUUUAUGGUGUGUGCAAAGUGAAUGGGGAGAACAUCACUUUCAAGGAGUUGACUACCCAUUACGCCAAGGACACCAACGGACAAGCAAAGGUGUUCACAAGAGUAGUCAUUCGGCAGACGGAGCCUGGCCUCUGGGUCCAGGAAUGUGGAGAUAUCAUCUUUUUCUACAACAAGGUGUUUCUCCCAGCAAUGGGGAACUGUCUGCAGAGCAAUGCAGCAAAAUGGAAAGAGGAGCGGCAGCAGGGGAGUGCAGCAGCACCCCCAGGAACACCUCCCCGUGAAGAUCCCUCUGCUUCUGCCCCUUUAACAAGCCAGGCUUUUGAUUGCAGAGCAGAACAGCCAUGUGUUUCAGCCACAGAGGCACGCCGGCCAUCGUUUACGCCUGCCCCUGUGCAUGUAGCCGCCCAGGAAUGUUGUGGUGGUACAAACGCAGAGCAGCAAUCUCAGGGUAUUGUGAAUGGAGAUGGCUCUUGUCCUGUGGCUGUGUGUACAACCCCCAGGAGCAAAUCCACAGAAGAGGAUAGUAACCAAGGUGGCAGCAAAGCGAAAAGGCAACGUGAAGUGAUACUUGAGCAGGAAACGGGAAGUGGAAGGCAACAGGAAGGCCAGCCAGCAUCAGAAGAUGACGUGCCAUAUGCAAAGAGGUGCCACAGGGCUCGCUGA